UCCGCUAUACAAGACCCUUGCACGUGUUUCGCUAAACUUCUGUUUACAAUAUUGAGACGAUUUGCACAUUAGUCAACACACGCGAAAGAGUAUAUGAACGUUUUUGAUACAGACUAAACCAACUGCAGUCAUGCCGAAAGUGAGAAAAUCUAAAGGAGGUGAGAAGCGAGGUGAGUCGGACACUCUGGUUGACCAGAUGCUACAGGCCGAUACGUUCCGAGGCAAAAGCCGGACGAAGAGCAGGGACGAUCGGAUUGAGAGCGAGGACAGGUACGUGGACGAACGUCUCUCCAGGAAGAUCUUGAAGCAAGCCAGGAUUCAACAAGAGGAACUCCAGUGCGAAUAUGGCCUGGCGCCGGAGAAGAAGAAAGCCCCCGUCACUGUUCUCGGUUCCUCAUCUCAGGAUGCAGAUUCAGAUGAGGAGUGGCCAGCGCUGGGAGCAGCUGGCGGUGGUGACGCCGACCCUGUGUGUGACACUGAAGUUGUGGUCGACCCUGAUGACGAGAAAGCCAUUGAGAUGUUCAUGAAUAAGAACCCGCCAUUGAGGCGCACCCUUGCUGAUAUAAUAAUGGAGAAGAUAACUGAGAAACAGACUGAAGUGGGAACAGUGAUGUCAGAAGUGUCUGGCUGUCCAAUGCAACAACUCGACCCCAGGAUAGUAGAAGUGUACAGAGGUGUCAAAAAGGUCCUGUCAAAAUAUCGCAGUGGAAAGUUGCCAAAGGCUUUUAAAAUAAUACCAGCGCUUUCAAACUGGGAGCAGGUCCUCUAUUUGACUGAGCCUGAGACAUGGACGGCAGCUGCCAUGUAUCAAGCGACGAGAAUCUUCUCAUCCAAUCUGAAAGAGCGAAUGGCCCAGAGAUUUUACAACUUGGUAUUGUUGCCCAGAGUUCGGGAUGAUAUUGCCGAAUACAAGAGACUCAACUUUCAUCUUUAUAGUGCUCUGAAGAAGGCCUUGUUUAAACCAGGGGCCUGGUUUAAAGGUAUACUGAUACCUCUUUGUGAAUCUGGGACGUGCACGCUCCGGGAGGCCAUCAUCAUCGGAAGCAUCCUUACAAAGUGUUCUCUUCCUGUGCUCCACUCCAGCGCCACGAUGCUUAAGUUGGCAGAGAUGGAGUACAACGGCGCCAACAGCAUUUUCCUGCGUCUGUUGCUCGACAAGAAAUACGCCCUGCCUUUCCGUGUACUAGAUGCCUUGGUGGCUCACUUCCUGUCCUUCCGCAGCGAAAAGCGAGUGCUUCCUGUGCUCUGGCAUCAGAGUCUACUCACGCUGGCUCAGCGCUACAAGGCUGACCUGGCCUCCGAACAGAAGACGGCGCUACUGGAGCUGCUCAAGAUACAAAACCACCCUCAGAUCUCAGCGGAGAUCCGCAGAGAACUGCAGAACUCUGAGUCGCGGGAUAUUGAAAUCGGGAUACCCGUUACCAUCGAUAUGGACUGAAAAUUCUUUGUUUCAGGUGUGCUCUUUUUCUGAGUUAAAAAAAAAAAAAAUCAUGAUUUGUUUAGCAUGGGGUAAAAUGUUAGUACUUACAUUUUUUGCCCCAUGAAAAAUCAGUUGAACACAGUACAUCAUAAGUGUUUCAAAUAGGACU